UUUUUCAUUCAGAAUUCAGUGAAUUUGGAAAAAUGUAUUUAAAAUUGGUUUGUUGUACUAUUUAAUUUAAAUAGCAUGACAAAAAAAAACUGAAUUCAUCGAAUAAACUUGUUACAAAAAUAGAUUUUGUCAAAUUACAUUUUUUAAUUAUUGGUUUAAUCGGAAAAAUGUCUUUCAUGAACUAUAAGCCAAAACUAUGAAGUUUAAAGCAAAAAUUUUAUUGACCGGGAUUAUGCUUACUUUGGUCAUUACAUUGUUAUUAGCGUUAUUGUAUGUCCAAGAAGUAGAAAACGGUCGAUAUCAUCGGUUUGCUGAACAACCUGCCAAACAAUUUAGAAAAAAUAAAUUGGCCGUCUUAAUACCGUUUAGAGACAGAUUUGAUGAACUUUUAGAGUUUGUACCACAUAUCCAUUCAUUCUUAAGUCAACAAGGUAUACCACAUGAACUGUUUGUAAUGAAUCAGGUUGACCACUUUCGUUUUAACAGAGGAUCUCUGAUUAAUGCUGGUUUCAAAGAGAUUGUAUCGUCGGACAGUAUGGUAGAUUAUAUUGCGAUACACGACGUCGAUUUAAUACCUCUUAAUCCGCUGUUAGAUUACCAUUAUCCUCCAACCGGACAUAUUAGCCAUAUAGCCGCACCUCAUUUGCACCCUCGUUACCACUAUGCUUCUUUUGUUGGUGGCAUACUAUUAAUUACCAAGAAAGAUUUUAUUCAUAUUGAUGGUCUAAGCAAUCACUAUUGGGGCUGGGGUCUUGAAGACGAUGAGUUUUAUUUGCGUCUCAAGGAAGCUAAGAUCGGCAUUCAUAGGCCAGGAAAUUUAACAACUGGAAUAUCAAAUACAUUUAGACAUAAUCACGAAAGAACUGUUAGGAAACGAGACAUGACAAAAUGCUAUAACCAGCGUGAAGUAACUAGAAAAAGGGACAGACUCACUGGAUUACACGACGUCAAUUAUAUUAUAAGGAAAAAACAUAAUUUACUUCUCGACAAUGUCCCUGUUAUGGUAUUAAAUAUCGAGCUAAAGUGUAACAGAACAGUUACUCCAUGGUGUCUGUGCUCAGAUUAUGGCACCAAAAAUACAAAUAAAAAAAUUUAAGACUAUUUUAAAGCUCAAAGGUAUCAAUUAUUUUGAUGUCUUAUUUUAAGUAGAAUUAAAUACUAAGAUAUGUAAUUGUUUUUUAAAAGACUAUUAUUUUAAUUUAUAAUAAUAAUUUAAUUGUAUGCAUGUUGGUAAUGUAACAUGUAAAAUAUACAUACUUAUGACUUUUGUUUUUAGCUUCAAUGCGAUAGAUUCUGUUUUUAUUUUUUAUUCUUGUGUCUGUACCCACGAUUUUAAGCCAUUGAACCGAUUUCUUCGUAUAGCAGCUCUUAAGAUUAGAAAUCGUACCUGAAAGGUACUUUAUUAGACUAAAAAGUUCAUUCCUUCCCCUUCAAAAUUGAGAAAAACACCUGAAAAAUUUACCUUUUUUUAAGCUUAAAAUUACGGCACUCCAUAACUUUUUUAAAAAUAGUCCAAUUAGUUCUAAAUCAGGCCCAACAGGUUUUAAUUAUUUUAGUGUGGUCACCGAAUUGUAUUAGAAUGUUUGUUAUUAUAAUAAACUAUGUUAUGAAGUAUACUUUUAAGACCAAUAGCGAUUAUUAUUUUAUCAUAGAUAG